UCUUAUUGACCGGGGCCUUAGCAACCGCCUGUGACCCUGUUGAGAUCAGCGUCGAUGCCUCUGACUACCACUCUAGAGAGAGAAAUGCUAUAAAUUUUACAGAGAGAGAGUAGAUUGAAAUCAAUCCAAUGGCGAAUUACCACUUCGUAUACAAGGACGUGGAAGGAGCGUCCACGCAAUGGGACGACAUUCAAAGGAAACUGGGAAAUCUUCCUCCAAAGCCACCUGCGUUUAAACCCCCUCCCUUCACACCCGCCGAAGACGAAGACUCCAAACCCAGAGAUAAAAACUGGAUCGAUCACAAGACCGAGGAAGAGCUUCAAGAUCUGGAAGAUGACCCCGAUCUUGAUGAAGAUCGCUUCCUCAAAGAAUACAGGAAUAAGAGGCUGGCGGAGAUGAUAGAAACAUCUAAAAUUUCGAGGUUUGGAUCAGUGGUUCCAAUUUCUGGUUCAGAUUUCGUACGUGAGGUCUCUCAAGCUCCACAGGAUGUCUGGGUGGUUGUGAUUUUGUACAAGGAUAGCUAUCCAGAAUGCGGGCUUCUUUUGCGGUGUUUGGAAGAAUUGGCAAAAAAAUAUCCGGCAACAAAGUUUGUUAAAAUAAUCUCUACCGACUGCAUUCCUAACUACCCUGAUCGCAAUCUUCCAACUCUAUUGGUGUACAACAAUGGUGCUGUUAAAGCCAAUUACGUGGGCUUGCAUACUUUUGGUCGGAGAUGCACUCCUGAAGGAGUUGCAUUAGUUCUGUGCCAGACGGAUCCUGUACUGAAUGACGGGCAAAGUGGAAGUGAGCUGUCCAGGGAAGCUGUCCUUAAAGGCAUCCAGGAGAGGUUUCUAGAAAAGGUGGUGGCAGAACAUGAAGAUGAUGGUGGAUCAUCAAGUGAUUAGAGUUUUAGAUCUUGAAUUCCCCAGCUCCUUUUUCUGCUAUUUUCUGUAAUAAUUUUUCUAAAAUUGUGUUCUAUAGUAACUGGCUGUAGGGGUCUUUUGUUGCUUCUUCUGCAACUUGUUUGGCUUCUCGUCUAAGUAUUGUGUGUUUGUAAACCCCGACUUUUCUCAAUUUUAAAAGGAUUUCAUGAUGUUGGUAUC